AUGAACGCCACCCCUGCAGACCCAGCCCAGGACCGGCUUGUGAGGGAGACCUUCCUCCAUGCUCUCGGGACCCCUCCAGACCCAGUACAAGCCCAGGCGCAGGGAGUCUGUUGGAGACCUUCUGCACUCCCCUAUGCCUGCUGGACCCCACUGAACACACCACAGGCCCAGAGUCUUUCGCACUCUCCCUUGUGCAAGAAACAACUAGAGAGGGCAGGGGCUGUCCCCUCAGGAAUCCAAAGUUCUCAGAAGGCUGACAGCCACUACACUCCCAGCAUUCUCCAGCACAAGUGUGACCCUGCCACACUUCCUCACAGUUUUCCAAUGAGCCCUGAGCUCAGGGAAAUAUUGGAGCAGCACAUCCAAAAGUGUAUCACUGAAUACCAGCAGGACCUGCUCUGCAGGAUCCAAAAGCCUGCAGAACUCACAUGGCCUUGGUGUGACUUGGCCCAUUCUUGUCAAGCCAAGGGCAAGCCUCUGCCCUCACUUUCAUCCAUGUCUACAGCUGAAGGUAGCAGGGAUGUACAGGAGGUGAGGUUCCAGCUGAGGCAGGACUUGGGCAAGAGUCUUGCUCAUAUUCCAGGUGAGGCCCCAAAAGAUGUCUCCAGAGCCUUAGGAAGCUCGCCCAGCGUGGUUCAGGGGAUGAUCUUGGAGGAGUCAGAGAGAAACCUGACAAGGUUCACAGAGAUGGAGAGCAGAAAUGACUCACCAGGAAGCAUGGAGAAGAAACACACCGAAGUCAUGCUCACAGAGCAUUUGGGAGUGAAGACGGGGCAGAUGCACAUGGGGCUGAUUCCCCUGAGAGAAACCCGUGUUUGUCCCGUCCAGAAGUUUUUCUUCUCCAAACCAUGCACCCUGCAGGACCUUGUGAUACACAUCACAAGGUUUAGGGUGAGGCACAGGUGGGGCCUCCGACUCAAGCUCCUAAAGGCCAUAAACAUCUUCAGGCCCACAAAGGCUCCACUCUGUCACCCUUUCCACUACAGUUUGGCAUCUGCCGUGUCCCAGUGCCAUCACCACAGCACCCCCUUAGGGGAUAUGUUAGCCUCACACAUGUCAGAUGGUCUAAUAGCAGACAGAGGAAGCAGCAUGAGGAUUCCACAGCAUCAGCAAGCACAGAAGAACCAAAGCAAGAUGUUGGCUCCUGCUUACAAGCAAGAGGUCAGGUGGAGGAUGAACCCAGGGAAACCUGAAGGUAGGCGGGGAGCCUUGCGGACCUCAGAGCCCACUCAGGAUGGGAGAAGAGAAGAUAUCUUAGAGUGGAAGAAACUUCAACUGCUCAAACAAAAAAAUACCAGUCCACUCAGAAGGCUACUUCCUAACAAGUGUGAAGAAAUUUCUACAGUGGAUUUCACCCAAGAAAAUAAUCAAAGGACAGGAAGACCACACCAGAAGAAAGGCACCUCAGGCAUUGCCCAGAGCCAGAGGAAAGCCCAAUCCAGACCACGUGUGGAGCACAACACUGAUGAGGCUCAGCUGUCCAUGACUGCAGUUGACCAGAUGCUAGAAGCCAAAUUGAUGCUUCAGCAUGAAUUCUGUGCACAGAAGUUAAAUGAGAACAAAAGGAAAGAGGGACAAGACUCAGUCUCUCUCAAGUUUCUUGCUUCUUGGAGCACAAGACAAUGCCAGGAUGUGCAGCCACCCCUAAGUUCCACAGCCGUCCUAUAA